AACUCGUUGCUUUAUCAAAACUCGUUUUUGUCUUUCAGGAGCAACGACUUACCUGACUUCAGGUAAGUAUAAAAACAACAAGUAGACACCUUUUUCUGCUCAGAGCUAAACCAGUCAACACCCAGGCGGUCAUCAUGAACUCUAUCGUCCUUAUACCUCUAUUCGUUGCUGUCGCAACUGCAGCCUCACUCUAUCCGAGGAAUCCUGCGAGCACCUACCUGCUGAAUUAUCCGAUCCAGUAUCCCGCAAAUUAUCCUGUUGAAAUUCCGUUUAAUUAUGGCGUCCAAGCGCGUCAAGGGGGUGUACCUUUACCUAUCUUGCUUGCUCAACAAACAAUUUUAGGAUUGGGCAAUAUUCAUACUCAAAAUACGGCUGCAUUUUGGAACUUAAUGAAUUGCCUUGUGGAUUCCAGUUGCCCUACUGUCACGUUGCCGCCAGCUGUCGCAGUGUCGACCCUUCCUGCACCCAAUAGGUUAAUGACAUUAAUCCAGCAACUUCUGAACAACCCAACCAACAAUCAACCGAAUGUUUUUCAAACCUUUGCCGAGCAGCUAGGCAAUCUUUUGCCAACUAAUAUUGUUCGACCAAAUUCGCUUCGCGAGUUCCCUGUGGUAACUCACCGAUACCCCGGUCCCUAUGCAGAUCAAUUUCUAUGAGCUGAU